CCGAUAAUAGUGUUCCAUUUCCCCUGGUGCCUACUAUACUUCCUUGUUUUAACAGGCGAUGCGUCUCUGUGUGUGACUAGGCUAUGCACGAACCUAUCUAGAAAUUAUCUGGCUAUUACGAUUCAGCAAAUGACCAACUGAGUCCACGAUGCUGACAUUGUGGUCUGGAUGUGUGUGUUUUAUCAGCGUUUUAACAGCUGUAGCAGUAUCUGGUGAACUUCGUUUUGCAUCGUAUUAUGGUAACCACAUGGUUCUACACAAGGCUCCAGAGAGAGCCGUGAUAUGGGGCUAUGGGACAAACAACACGACUGUUGUAGUCAACCUGACAGGGCUGUCCAACAGAAAGACAUUCAGGAGUGCCGUGAGAGACGGUAUUUGGAGGGUGACCCUUGAUCCUGUGAAGGCGGGAGGUCCUUACAACCUGAGCGCUGUGGAGAGGGGUGGGAGUGAUGGCGAGGUCAUGCUCACAGACGUGAUGUUUGGGGAUGUGUGGCUUUGUGGAGGACAGAGCAACAUGGUCUUCACCGUCCAUCAGAUAUAUAACAGCUCAGCAGAGCUGGCCAUGGCCUCAAAGUUCCCAGAUGUGCGCCUCUUCCACGUUGCUCAGGAGACGAGUUUGGUUGAACUUACAGACCUGCCUGGAAUCGCUGUGCCUUGGUCUGUGCCCACACCACAAUUACUCACUCAAUACUCUGCGGUCUGCUGGCUGUUUGGACGCUACCUGUACCAGACCUUGCAUUACCCUAUCGGCCUGGUGGAGUCGUGCUGGGGAGGGACACCCGUGGAGGUGUGGUCCUCCAGCAGACCCCUCCAGAAUUGUGGAAUUCCCCAGGCAACAGAGAGUUACAACGACUUCAUAGAGGAUAAACCAAUCCCAAUCCAAAACUCUGUGAUGUGGAACGACUUCAUAGGGGAUGAACCAAUCCCAACCCAAAACUCUGUGGCAUGGAAUGCCAUGAUCCACCCUCUGCUCAACAUGACCAUCACAGGUGCCAUCUGGUAUCAAGGUGAGAACAACCGUUACUACAACCGCGAUAAGUACAACUGCACCUUCCCCAGCAUGAUCGACGACUGGAGGAUGGCCUUCAACCAGGGCUCAGGGGGCCAGACUGCCCCAGACUUCCCCUUUGGAUUUGUGCAGCUGUGCACCGAAAGGCAGGAUAAUGUGCCGGACGGCUUCCCAGAGAUCCGUUGGCAUCAGACAGCCGACUUUGGCUAUGUUCCUAAUGAGCGCAUGAAGCGGACCUUCAUGGCCGUGGCCCUCGAUUUAAAUGACGCUGAUUCACCUUGGGGCACCAUCCACCCACGUUUCAAACAGGAUGUGGCCUACAGAUUGACCCUUGGUGCGCGGACGAUUGCCUAUGGCGAAAAGGGUAUAUCCUACCAGGGUCCCUUCCCAGGUUCUGUUUUUGUUAAUGAGACCUACCUAAUGCUCACUUACAAUCAGAACGUCUCUGCCACCCCAGCCAAAGAUACAUUUGAGGUCUGUUGUUCCAUGGAAAAGGUGCAGUGCAGUUCUGGGGAUCGCUGGAUCUGGAUGUCUGCUCCCAUGGUGCCACAGGGCCCUUCCACCGUGGCCAUAAGCCUGUGGGGCUGCCGGGCCGAGCACGUGGCCUCCCUGCGCUACGCCUGGAAGGACUGGCCCUGUGACUUUAAGGCCUGCCCCGUCUACAGUGCUGAUGGGGUCCUGCCCGCACCACCUUUCGUCCUGCACCGGUGGCCCUAGCAAGACAGAGUCACCGUGCCUUUACUCACAAAGUGUGGGGAGCAGCGGCAGCAUUGAUGCCUGAUAAUCAGUUGGCCUGAGUUUGAAUCAUACCUCACACUGUGAGUCCAAAGCGCUUUAGAUACUUCCCCAAAUCAGAAAGAGUUGGGACGUGUAAAAUGCA